AUGUUAGGACUAGAUCAAAUAGUACAAAAUAAGAGUUUGGCACUCUUAUUUAGAAAAUUCCUGUACGAACGUUAUAACAAUGAAAAUUUUUCGUUUUGGUUGGAAGCUGAGAAUUAUAAGCAUAUUAGUUCCGACGAUCUAAGAUCGCGUCGCUCCAAGGAGAUCUACGAGAAAUACUUUAACACUGAGAGUAAAUAUGAACUCAAUGUUGACCAUAUACAGAGAAAGGAUUUGGAGGGUCAACUCGGAACACCUACAAACGACCUUUUCAUUCCGAUCCAACUGACCAUCAGAAAAUUAAUGGAGAUGGAUGCAAUUCCUUUGUUUGUAAAAUCAGAAUCAUAUAAAAAGUUUAAAGAGAAUGAAUUAAUUGAAAUAGAGUUAUCAUCUACCGAAAGAGAUAGAAGUGUUACAAUUUGCGAAAUGGAAGAGUUUUUAAAGACACACCCUGCAAUAACAAAGUAA